UUAUUUUUGGAAGUAAACUCCAAAUUUUUCCUCUCUAAUUUCAAUUUCCUACCAUAACUAUGGCACAGUUACCUCUCUCUCUCGUCUUCUUCUCCAAAUUAAACUCUAUCUCAGCUUUCUCUCACAACCUCAUCACCCCAGCUCACCGUCUCCACCUAGCCUCACCACGUACGAUAGACUCAACACACCCAACCAUAACCUCUGCUUCACACACAACGACAACAUUUUGAGUAAACGACAGGAACUAGAUUCCACUCGACAGUGAACUAGAGAGAGAGAUAGGGAGAUGGUGACGCUGCUAGUAGCGACGAGUAUUGAUCUGGCUUCAAUCAACCCGGCUAAUGCGCUUCUCGCCAUGCCCGGAUGGCAACCUCUCCCUUCUUUACAGGAUAUGAAGAGUUUUUCGAAUCAAGGAGUGAGAAUGCUUGUACACGGGAACAGUAUAAUCCGAGAGGAUCACUUGGAGAAAUGGUGGGAGGAUGCCACAGGCGAAGUUGUCAAUGAAGUUAUCUUCUUUUGUAAACACACUGCUGUCUCUAAUAGACCUGCCCUCACUGUGCAUCCUAUUGGGGUCCCUCAAUUGCGUGAAGAGGAUGUUGCUGGUGAUUUGGGGCCUGGAUGGGCUGCGCCACCCAAUCCUCGAAUUGGACCAUGGCUCAGGCUCUUGAAAAGGAUUGCAGAGUCUCAUAACUUAGUUCCUGAGUUUGUAGUUAUUGGGCUCUUUACGUUCAAGGGUGAGGCUUUGUUUCAAACCCAUGAGAAUUUGGAGCAUCUUGCCAUGAUGGAACGUGUUCUUGGCCCAAUUCCGCAGCAUAUGUUGAAGAGAGUAGAGCGACCUGCUGAGAAGUAUGUCAGAAUAGGGUUGUUAACAGGUUGUUUUGUAUCACUAUUUAGUGUGUACGCAAUUCUGGCACAUAUAUUAGGCAUUUUCUCCCCUACCAAAGGAAUUAUUUAUAUGGAAACUGUCUACCCUGUUUUUAGUGUGUUUGCAUUGCUGAGUUUGCACCUGUUUAUGUAUGGAUGUAACCUGUUCAUGUGGAAGAAGACAAGAAUCAAUUACAACUUCAUAUUCGAAUUCUCUCCAACUACAGCUCUCAAGUACAGGGAUGCUUUCCUCAUAUGCACAACCUUCAUGACUGCAGUUGUGGCAGCUAUGGUUCUACAUCUCAUCUUGAGAGCCAGUGGAUUUUCUCCAUCCCAAGUUGAUGCCAUUCCAGGACUCCUCCUUAUGGUUUUCAUAGUAUUCCUGGUUAGCCCAUUUGACAUCUUUAACCGCCCAACUCGCUACUGCUUCAUUCGAGUGAUUCGUAACAUAAUUUGCUCUCCAUUUUACAAGGUUUUGAUGGUUGAUUUCUUCAUGGCUGACCAACUUACUAGCCAGGGUUUGAAUGUUGUUUUAAGAGUAACAUGGGUGGAAACAGUGAUGGGGUUCCGAAUUGGAGUUGUUGAGUCAAGAUUAGUAGAUUUUCUUUUGGCUUCAUUGGAAGUUAUUCGUCGUGGCCAUUGGAAUUUUUACAGAUCAUGCCUACAGAUGCUCAGAGGAUGCUUUAAGAGUUUGAGGGGUGUGUGCUUUUAGCUUUUUAGUUGGAGCCAGAUUAGGAUAGAGGCUUCACAUUCUUUUUUAUGUUUGUUUGCUUAAUUUAGUGUUAGUUUUUUUUGUUCAUUUAGUUUGGUUUGUAUUGGGGUAACUUUUUUCUGUUUUCCAUGUUGGCAACUCUGAUUCAUGGAGUUUGUUGUUGUAGUUCAUAGACAAUACAAUUCAAGCAAGGAUUAUGUAAUUGAAUUUUUUAUGAUUGCCA